CGUUUGGUGUUCACCCUAGCUACAUUAUAUAACAAACGUAUUUAUAGCUGUUUUUCUUUUUUCUUUUAGAUUUGCAGGCCAUUUCUCCAGCUAUUUGAAAGAAUUCCUUAUCUUAUUCAUGGCUUUAGCAUCUGUCUCAAUUCUUAUGAUGUGCCUUAUAUUCGCUAAAGUAAUUCAAUUUCAUACCGUACUACUUUGCAUCGUGUUUGGUAUGACUGGAUUCUUCAUUAAUGGAUCUCUACCUUUCUUCUUUGAACUCGGAGCAGAAAUUGCCUACCCAGUCGCGGAAGGCAUCACGUCUUCCGUAACAAAAUUCACGGACUAUUUUCUUCAAGGUUUGUUCUUGAUUGUUUCUAUGGGCCAUUUUGGCGCGAAAUGGAUGACUUGGGUUACCAUGGUUACAUGUGCAGUUACGACAUUACUGUUGUUUUUUGUACAAGCGAAGUAUAACAGAUUACUUCUUGAUAAAAAGAAAACAGUUCUACCUGAUUAAUUGUUAAUAUUAAAUUAAAGUAUUUAGCUAGACACAGAACAUUUAGCUUUGUUAUAUAGCUAGGGUGAACACCAAACGUGAUUGGCUGAUUUGUGGUUACGUGACUUCAGAUAAAUGCAAUGUUUCCUGCCGGGCAACAAGUGUAAAAUUGUUGCCCGCCCCGACCGGCUACGCGUCCGUAAAUAAACAAAAUGGAACCCGUUAUUGGAGCUUCGGCUCUGUGGGUGCGCCCUUCCUGUUUUUGGGUAAAUUAAAUAAAUAAAUAAAUAAAUAAAAUGGCUGCACAACUAGCAUAAUUAGAAACUACGAUUUUCCAAGUUAUGUUCAAAUAAAGAAUGUAAAAUACACAACAGGCAACGGGAUAUGCUGCUGAAACCGUUUAAGUAGGUUCUUUUAAUUUUAAACACGUUUACACUAUAGAGUUUUUGUCACGAAGUACAAUUGUUGUAUGAAUGUUGAUUUCUGUUCGUCGCUAUAUAACAAAACGCUUAGUGUCUGUUCCCUCGGGAAAUAGUUUUGUUUUCCCUCGAAUUGAGACUCCUGUAAAAAUUCAAGAUCGUCUGACAGAUAAUUGGGAAGUGAGUUUAUAUGACAAAACAGGGCAGGCGUACUCCAUGACGGGGUGGAUGCAUGUGGUGUAAAAGGUUACAAGUUCUUUGGUUGCAACGCCUUGAUGCCCGCGAGGAAUGCUGGUCUUAGUAAUCAUCGCCUGGGAAAAUUAAACAAUUCAAAAUGGUCACUAUCUAAAUUUUCCCGGGCGAUAACUAAUAAGACCAGCGUUCCUAGCGAGCAUCAAGCCGUGUGACGUCAUCAUGCAUAAGGUCUAUUGUUUAAAAACUUUACAUGUAGUAUGGUGUUAAAAUCUGCAAUAGUAUGAAUUAAAUUGUUAAAACUAUC